ACCCAGAUUAAUCACCGGGGCGGCCCCAGGGAGGAGGAAUAUAGUAUGGUUUACUAUAAAGGAGCACAGACUUGGAGAGCAGGCUCGAGGACCAAGGCACUCUGGAGGCCAUGAGGCUGGGAUUCAUCUGUGCUCUGCUUUGGCUCCUGGAAGGGCAAAGCUGGGCAGACACCCGAGUCAUCGGGGCCAAGGAAUGCCGCCCCCACUCGCAGCCCUGGCAGGCCGAGAUCUUCUUCCUCUCCCGACCCUACUGCGGGGCGACCCUCAUCAGUGACCGUUGGCUGCUCACAGCUGCCCACUGCCGAAAGCCGUAUCUGUGGGUCCGACUCGGCGAACACCACCUCUGGAAAUGGGAGGGUCCAGAGCAGCUGUUCCGGGCCACAGACUUCUUCCCUCAUCCUGGGUUCAACCCGGACCUCAGUGCCCAAGACCACAAUGAUGACAUCAUGCUGAUUCGUCUGCCCAGGAAGGCAUUUCUGGGACCUGCCGUGCAGCCCCUCAAACUCAGCCGGACCUGCAUCCCCCCAGGCACCCAGUGCCUAAUCUCAGGCUGGGGGGCCGUAUCCAGUCCUAAGGAGCACUACCCACUCACGCUGCAGUGUGCCAACAUCAGCAUCCUGGAGCCCAACCUCUGCCAUGAGGCGCAUCCGGGCCACAUCUCCGACCGCAUGCUCUGUGCCGGCCAUUGGGACGGCGGAGGGGUCCCCUGCCAGGGUGACCCUGGGGGCCCCCUGGUUUGCAAUGGGGCCCUGGCGGGUGUGGUGUCUGGGGGCUCGGAGCCCUGCUCCAGACCCCAGGGCCCUGGUGUCUAUACCAGUGUGUGCCACUACCUGGACUGGAUUCGAAAAACCAUGGAGGACAACUGAGACCUCGCGCCUUGGACGACCAGGAAAGGAGGGUGGGCACAGGGUAGGAGGGUUGGCCAGACUCCAGUCUCAAAGGUCUCCGCCGUUCUCCUCGGCUGGCCUGGAGACACCUUCUGGAUAUUCAAGUUCCCAGCUUCUGGAUAUCAGACCCGGCCCCGAGAACUCUUUGAAUCCUGGUGGGGCCCCGACCGGGAGAAGUUGGGAGAGAUUCUCUGUCCCCUCCGAUCCAAGGGAUGAUUUUACAUUAAACGCGCCUUCCUACUG